AAUUUUUUUUGUCAAAGUCAUUCCAACAUGGCGGCCGGAACGGCUGUGAUGCAUUUACCCAGCACGAGAAGCACCGUUAAGAAGGAAGAGCCUGCUCGUAGAGUACAGAAAAUUCAGGCAGAUGAGAUGGAAGUAGAAGAAGAAAAACGACAUGAAGGGAUUCAGCAAUACUAUGUCACCAAGAUUGAGGGUCUCCAGAUGGUUGUCACAGAAGAAAUUAAAAACUUGAGGAGGCUUGAAGCCCAGAGAAAUGAGCUUAAUGCCAAAGUGAGAAUGUUGAGAGAGGAAUUGCAACUCUUGCAAGAACAAGGAUCUUAUGUUGGUGAGGUAGUUAAACCAAUGGACAAGAAGAAAGUUUUGGUGAAGGUUCAUCCAGAGGGAAAGUUUGUGGUCGAUAUUGACAAAUCAAUUGAUAUGGCUGAUGUUACACCAAACUGUAGAGUGGCAUUGCGAAAUGAUAGUUACAUGCUUCACAAGAUCCUUCCCAACAAGGUGGACCCUCUUGUCAGUUUGAUGAUGGUGGAGAAAGUACCUGAUUCAACUUAUGAAAUGGUUGGAGGAUUAGAUAAACAGAUCAAAGAAAUCAAAGAGGUUAUUGAGCUGCCUGUGAAGCACCCUGAGCUCUUUGAAGCCCUAGGAAUUGAUCAACCCAAGGGAGUAUUACUCUAUGGACCACCAGGAACUGGAAAGACACUUCUUGCUCGAGCUGUUGCACAUCACACAGAGUGCACUUUUAUCAGAGUUUCAGGCUCAGAACUGGUUCAGAAAUUUAUUGGUGAGGGUGCCAGGAUGGUUAGAGAGCUGUUUGUCAUGGCAAGAGAACAUGCUCCCUCCAUCAUUUUCAUGGAUGAGAUUGAUUCAAUUGGAUCAUCAAGAUUAGAGGGGGGAUCUGGUGGUGACAGUGAAGUUCAAAGGACCAUGUUGGAGUUACUGAACCAGCUUGAUGGGUUUGAAGCAACAAAGAAUAUCAAGGUUGUCAUGGCAACAAACCGAAUAGACAUUUUGGAUUCAGCACUUUUACGACCAGGACGUAUUGAUCGGAAGAUAGAGUUUCCUCCUCCAAAUGAAGAGGCUAGAUUGGACAUCUUGAAGAUUCACUCCAGAAAGAUGAAUUUAACAAGAGGUAUAAACCUCAGAAAAAUUGCUGAACUUAUGCCUGGUUCAUCAGGAGCUGAAGUCAAGGGUGUUUGUACAGAAGCAGGCAUGUAUGCCUUAAGAGAAAGAAGAGUUCAUGUGACGCAAGAGGACUUUGAAAUGGCGGUCACUAAGGUCAUGCAGAAAGAUUCUGAGAAGAACAUGUCAAUCAAGAAACUUUGGAAGUAAAACAACCAUGUCUAAUGCAGAUCAUAAUUUCAACGCAAAAGCAAAUUGAUUUUCUACAAUUAACUUAAUAUUGCUCUUCUCCUGCUACUCAAGGAUACUUAUUUCAUCAAGCAUUCAACUUAGAAGAAGAGUAAAAAAGAAAACAUAAAAAGAAAGCCAACUCUAAAUAUUAGAACUCACAACCUCAGCCAUGUUUGACAUUAUGGCGGUACCUUGCAACACGGUCACUUAAAUUAUUUAAGUUAGCUCCAUUUGCACACAUCACACUGUUUUCGUAACUUUACUAGAAUGUCAAUUCUGUGCAGUGUGUCGGAGUGUUUGGUAGAGUAGUGGUGUAAAAACCAAGAUCAGCUACAAUGGCUUCAUUUAGUGUGUUUUAGGAUGUGCGUGCAAGAUUGAAGUGUGGCAGUACGUGAUUUUUGGGGUUUGAAAGCUUGUCAUGCGUUUAGUCAGACAAUUUUUUUUGGAGAGGAACACCAGAGUCUGGGACUCUGGUAAAUCUAAUUUUAGUAAGUAAAGUAAUUUGUAGAUGAUUUUCAUGAUCACUUUGCAUUUUGUACAUGUAGCAUGAUAAAAGUCAUUUGACAAUUAGUUAUUAGUCUUGAAGGAAAACUCACAGUACAAAGUUUACUUUUCUGGUAUGAUUGAUUUAUUUCAUGUACUCAAAGUAACCCUUCAUUUUGCAGUAUAGGUAACAAAGAAUCGAAUCUGAACUUCUGAAAUUCUUCUAUGGACGGUUUCCAGUCCCAUUCACUAGGCAAACACUGCCUGGGGAAACUUGCUGAUGAUUUAGUUGCUUUGUAAUGAACUUGUUACUGGCAAAAUGACAAAAAAUACAUUACAAAAAUGAAAAGGUAUCUAAAAACUGACAUGGGAUAUGCUAAUUCCCUACCGUUUGUGGAGUUGAAAAAGAGAUGAACUAUGGAAACCAUUUGCUUUAUUGGACACUGUACUGUAGCUGUCUUAGUGACUACUUGUCUUUAGCUGGGUUUUAGCAGUCUGGGCUCAGAGGGGUGUGUUUUGUGUUCACAGGGAUGCCCCUGAUUGUAUGAGGGGAGUUGUAAGAUCACCUUCCCCCCCCCCCCCCCCUUAUGGUGACUUUCUACCAUCCAACUUUGAAAGUCUACUUAGAGGGAUGUGCUAGUUCUGUUGUCACAGCAGGGAUGCCUUGGGUUGAAGGGAGGAGAAGCGUUGAAUCAACCUCACACUUUUUUACCCCUCUCCUUACUCCCUUUCUUCUCUGUAUUUUGGCCCAGGGGUAAAGCACUGCUUUAGAAAUAAGUUGAGUCGAGAAAGUAGUUCCAACAGAAAUGGAUAGUGAUAGAUUAGGACUACAAGUUCCUAAUUACAUUCAGCCUUUCCAUAUUAUCACAUUUUAGCUCAUGGUUUUCUCGGUUUCUCGUCUGUAUUUUCUCCUCGUAGCUAGCUAUUGAUAUUUACCAGUUGUACCACUCCGUUAUGACCUUGCCAUUAUUCUUUUGAUGGCUUUUCCUGUAUUAGCUAAACAAGAGUUAUGAAUAAACCCAAUUUGUUUUGCAUUACACAAUA